AUGAAUAGGUUGAUUAGUUUAUCUCCUUCUUAUAUAUCUAAAACAAUUAAUUUGAUAGCAAGAAAUAUUUCUACCACAAAUAUUGUUCAUGGACCAAAAAUACAAGCUUUCAAAGUAGAUAAAAGUUUUGUUGAAGAAGAUGCUGAAAAAUUGUGCAAAUAUGUUUGUAUAAACUAUUUUACUGAAGUAAAAGAACCAGGACCAGAAAUAAAAGCUGAUUCUGAAUAUCCAUCUUGGCUUUUUGAAUUAAAUUUAGAUCCACCCAAAGAACUUGAAGAUAUGGAUCCAGAAGUUGAUGGUUGGUUAUAUUAUAGAACUUUAAUGAAAAGACAUCAUGCACAAAAUAGAAGAAUUAAAAAGUUAAAGAAUAGGUUUUUGCACAUACAAGAUUCUCCUAGUCUUCGGAAUAUGGAUGGAAAUACUAAGACUGCAAAGUUUUUAAGAAAGUCUCAUCCAGAUAAUUGUUGA